CAUCAUGACAGUGUUAAAGACUGAAACUGCUGCUUUGGCUGGAAUGAGUGAAAACUUGUGGUUGGAAAAAGCAUGUGCUCACCUUAUUCCUGCUUUACCAUUAUGGAUCAUUGAAUAUGCAUGGACUAAACGGAUGAUGGAGGUCUUAGAAGCUCUAGGACCCCCAUUAUGGCUAGAAGGUGACUGGCAUCAUCUGACCCUUGAAGAGCCGUGCAGAAUCCGUGUGGUGGCAGCAGAGGUCUGGAGGAUCGUGCAAGCCAGAGACAUCAAGCACUUUGAGAGAGUCACUGAGUUUGUGGAUGUUACGUACACACUUGUGCCAAGACUAGUGACCCCCAUCAAACACAUGAAGAUCAUGUUUGGUCUGCAGACUCUGGUUAUCAUGUGGAUGUUGUGGAAUGACCAGAGCACUGCUAAAAUCUCUGACAAGAUUGAAAACUUUUUCCCUAAAAGCCUUCCGGAGUAUCACAAAUGUAGCCGCAGGAACAUGGAUCUCAUGCAGAAAAACCAGGAAGAUUUCAAGGCCUUUGCUCAUGUUCUGGCCAGAGACAGGGAUAUGCGUGAGACUUACAUUCGGGAUUUAAUGGAGGAGCAAUAUGGUGAACGCUAUGCACAGAAACUGGAGGAGAGACUUGUACACUAUUUGGGAGAGCUAGAUAAAGUCCUGCCACAACCAACGUGUAUUGAACAGGUACUGAAGCAGUCCCAUUCAUAUGGGAGAGGAGAGAAGAUCCUAAAAAAAUUACUUUCAAGGGAUAGUGCAUCUCUAGCCACAGUUCUGAAGAGACUCCUGCAUUGCGCUGUAACAACAAAUCAGAGCCUUGACGAAAGUCUCUCACCAUCACUUUCAAACACUUGUGAGGUACAAAGGGACGCUGAAGUUGUUAAACCAUCCAAUGGUACUCUCCGUGUAUUUUUGAGGUCAUCUCAGAACAGCACAAAGGAGAAUCGACUCUCACAAACCAGCACAAAAGAGCUGUUUAGUUCUCAGGGCUUGUGGCAGAAUAGAAACACAGAAACUAUUUCACCUCAGGAGAAGAUUUGUGAUGAUGGAGUAAUUGUUACGUCUACGCAGUUGUCAGAUUCUGAAAUAGAUCAGAUUGACUUCAGCCAGUCUCUUCUGGUGGAGAAGGACCUGGUUGGGAGGCACAGACAGAAGAAAACUCAAUCUGAGCCAGAACAGAAGGAAAGUCAGACUGAUUUUCCAGAGCAGAUCUGCUCCAGACAUGGCAAAAAAAUGAGGAGCAUCCUUCAGGAAUGUUCUGAAGAGCUUGAUGGAGGAGUCGUACAAGCAGAAUGCACUCCCACAUCAACCCAGAGCACACCACCUCUUCUCCCGUACACACCACAACCUCAAGCAUCUCCAAACCAGCACUCAUUGUCCUCUAACCCAGAUUCAUCCUCUACGAACAUUUCACAGUCCUACAUCCAGCAGGUCAGUCUUUCACCAGUGUCCUCAAAGAAUCCAGUUGCUCCUUCACCUUCAGUUCUCCAACAGUCCUCCUCAUCAUCUCAGUCCACAGCCUCAAAGCAACUCGCAAUCAAUGCAGGACAGAUUUUAGCUACCGUUGUCUUCACCGAACCAAGCAGAACUGAUGAACACAAUCUGACACUGUCCUUAGAGAGUCAAAGCUUCCUAAUGCAGUCCAAGUGGCUUCAACCUCAAGUGUGCCUUAAUAGACUAAGCAAGGAAGAAUGUGCAAGAGCCAUGGAUUCAUACAGAGCCCGUGAAAUUUUAGAAGGAGAACAAGAGCCUAAAGAUGAUCAAUACAUGUUAUUUGAUGUAAAUGCAUUGUAUUCUGAUUCAUACUCCGAAGACUCCGAUUCAACAGACUCUGAUGACCCUGAUUACAAGCCUGACUAAGACUAAAACAGAGGACAUCACAAAGAAAGUCCCAGUGAAUGUAGUCUUCAUCAUGUUUUUCAGAUGCAUAGCUACUCAAACACCGAUUUUAGCAUUUUGCUUUGGAUGUUUGAAUAAACUCGCAUUAGGGUUGGGAAAAUAUGCAGCUUUUUUACUAUAUUUUCCCUUAUGGAGAUCAAAUUGCUUAAAGCUCUUGAUGGUCAGCAGGUCAGUCUUUCACCAGUGUCCUCAAAGAAACCAGUUACUCCUUAAUCUUCAGUCCACCAACAGUUCUCCUCACAAUUUCAGUCCACGGUCUCAAAGUAACUUGGCACUUAAAGAAUCAACACAGGAGAGAUUUUAGCUACCGUUGUCUUCACCGAACCAAAGAACACAAUCUGAAACUGUCCUUAGAGAGUCAAAGCUUCCUCAUGCAGUCCAAGUGGCUUCAACCUCAACUAUGCCUUCACAGAUUGACCAAGGAAGAAUGUGCAAGAGCCAUGGAUUCAUACAGAGCCUGUGACAAUUUAGAAGAAGAAAAUUGCAGCUUUUCACCUUAUUUUACCUCAUCAUUUACCUCACGGUAGUUAAAAUGCUUAGUCUUUCACCAGUGUCCUCAAAGAAACCAGUUGCUCCACCAACAGUUCUCCUCAUCUCAAUCCACAGCCUCAAAACAACUUCAGUGCAGGACAGAUUUUAGCCACCAUUGUCUUCACCAAACCAAGCUGAACCAAUGAACACAAUCUGAAACUGUCCUUAGAGAGUCAAAGCUUCCUCAUGAAGUCCAAGUGG